CUAAACCACAUUAUAAAUAGAGUUUCUUGUCCAUCUUUUCUCCUCAUCCUGGAGUUAAACAAAACACAAGAAAAACAAUGAAUUCCAUUUUUCCUCUUUGCUUAAUUCUCUCUCUUUUUCCUAUAUUUGCAACUCCAACUUUGUUGUUUCAGGGGUUCAAUUGGGAAUCAAGUAAUCAGCAAGGUGGAUGGUACAACUCUCUUAUCAAUUUAGUUCCAGAUUUGGCAAAAGCUGGAGUUACUCAUGUUUGGUUACCACCAUCAUCUAACUCAGUUUCACCUCAAGGUUAUAUGCCAGGAAGAUUGUAUGACUUAGAUUCAUCCAAGUAUGGGAAUCAGCAACAACUGCAAGCUCUUAUUAAGGCUUUACAUGAUCAGGGAAUAAAAGCUGUUGCUGAUAUAGUAAUAAACCACAGAUGUGCCGAUAAGCAAGAUAGCAGGGGAAUAUACUGCAUCUUUGAAGGCGGAACGUCUGAUGAUCGUCUUGAUUGGGGUCCGCAUAUGAUUUGCAAAGGCGACACGCAAUAUUCUGAUGGCACGGGGAAUGAUGACACCGGUUUAGACUUUGCAGCUGCACCUGAUAUCGAUCAUCUUAACCCUCAAGUCCAAAAAGAGUUAUCAGACUGGAUGAAUUGGCUAAAAACUGAAAUUGGAUUUGAUGGUUGGCGUUUCGAUUUUGUUAGAGGGUAUGCUCCUAGUAUCACCAAGAUUUAUAUGGAAAACACUUCCCCGGAUUUUGCAGUUGGUGAAUUUUGGAACUCUAUUGCCUAUGGCGGGGAUGGAAAACCGGACUAUAACCAGGAUAAUCAUAGGAAUGAGCUAGCCGGAUGGGUUCAAAAUGGCGGUGGAGGUGUAACAGCUUUUGAUUUCACAACUAAAGGAAUUCUUCAAGCUGCUGUUGAAGGGGAGUUGUGGAGAUUGAAGGAUUCAAAUGGUAAACCUCCUGGUUUGAUAGGUAUUUUGCCUCAAAAUGCUGUGACUUUUAUCGAUAAUCAUGACACUGGAUCGACACAAAAGCUUUGGCCUUUCCCUUCAGACAAAGUUAUGCAAGGUUAUGCAUAUAUUCUCACACAUCCAGGGAUUCCCUCAGUGUUUUAUGAUCAUUUCUUUGAUUGGGGACUAAAGGACGGAAUUUCUACGUUGGUGUCAAUAAGGAAUAGGAAUGGAAUAUCUGCAACAAGUAAUGUGCAGAUAAUGGCUGCUGAUGCUGAUCUUUAUGUAGCAAUGGUUGAUCAGAAGAUUAUUGUGAAGAUUGGUCCAAAAACUGAUCUUGGAAGUCUUAUUCCACCUAAUUAUCAGGUGGCAACUUCUGGACAGGACUAUGUUGUAUGGGAGCAAAAGUCAUAAACAAAUUGCAUGCAUUUGCUCUUAGAAACUUUUACCAGUAGUAAUUUAUCAUACAAGAAGUGACCAUGGGAAAAAAGAUCAAACUUUUAUAUGAAAUUCAAUGGAGCCUGGCUUGUUUUAGCUACAAUAUGACGCAAAUUUAAUCAUAGAAUUCAAUAUAAUUUCUUCCUUUGUGGUU